AUGGUGGAGCGGAGAAUUCGGGACGUGGAGGAGGCCAAACCCAGUAAAGCGGAGGCAGCAGGCAAAAAAGACGAUGAAGAGAGUGAGGAGAAAAAAACAAUUAAGAAGAAAGUUAAGGAACUGAAAGUCCUAGAGCCUAAGAUAGCACAGAACCUCUCUAUUUUUCUAGGAUCAUUUCGAAUGCCUUAUGAAGAGAUCAAAAUAAUUAUUUUGGAAGUGGAUGAAAAACAACUGACUGAGUCUAUGAUCCAGAACUUGGUAAAACAUCUGCCAGAACAGGAGCAAAUGCAUACUUUGGCACGUUUCAAAAAUGUGUAUCAUAGCUUGUCAGAGCCGGAGCAGUUUGGGGUUGUGAUGAGCUGUGUCAAGAAGCUGCGUCCACGGCUGAAUGCUAUUCUGUUCAAGCUUCAGUUUGAGGAGCAGGUGAAUAACAUCAGACCAAACAUUAUGGCUGUCACGACUGCAUGCGAAGAGAUAAAGAAGAGCAAAGGCUUCAGCAAGCUGCUGGAACUAGUACUGCUAAUAGGAAACUACAUGAAUGCUGGGUCUCGGAAUGCUCAAACCUACGGCUUCAACAUUGGCUUUCUGUGCAAACUGAAAGAUACCAAAUCAGCAGAUCAAAAAACAACACUUCUACAUUUCCUAGCAGAAAUCUGUGAGGAGAAACAUCUGGAUGUCUUUAAGUUUACAGAGGAUCUGCAAAAUGUUGACAAAGCUAGUAAAGUAUCUGCAGAAAACCUGGAGAAGAAUCUUAAGCAGAUGGAGAAACAGCUUCAACAGCUUGAGAAAGAUUUGGAGACCUUUCCUCCAGCAGAGGACAUGCAUGACAAGUUUGUGACAAAGAUGUCCAGCUUUACCAAACAUGCUCGGGAACAGUACCAUAAACUUGCCAACAUGCAUGGAAAUAUGCAGAAGCUUUAUUGUGAUCUGCUGAACUAUUUUGUCAUUGAUCCGAGAAAAGUAACAGCAGAGGAGCUUUUUAGUGACAUCAGUAAUUUCAGAACUAUGUUCAUGCAAGCAGUCAAAGAAAACACGAAGAGGAAAGAGACUGAGGAAAAGAUGAGACGUGUGAAGCUGGCUAAAGAGAAAGCUGAAAAAGAAAAACAAGAAAGGCAGCAAAAGAAAAAGCGUCUGUUAGAGAUGAAUUCAGAGGGUGAUGAGACAGGAGUGAUGGAUAGCCUGCUGGAGGCCCUGCAGUCAGGUGCUGCAUUCAGGGACCGAAGAAAACGGACACCGAGGCCUAAAGAUAUUAGGCAAAGCCCAACUUCAAGUUCACAAUGGCCUGUUUUGAAAGCUUGGAACCAGGAAAAUCAAAAGACACAACUGGAAAGGUCACGGUCUCGCCAGAACAUCCACUUAAACUCAACAAGAAUUCCAAUUGCCAAGGAGCUCAGUUAUGAAGUAGAAGCUCAGUCAUCUACUGCAAGAAGUAAAGCUGUCGGCAGAAGGGAGGGUCUUGCUGGUUUAGGCAGCAGGGAGAAGGCGGUGGAAACCAUUAAUUCUAUUGCUAAGGGAGAUGCUGUUCCUGAAGUUGAAGCACUGCUUGCAAGGUUACGUGCUUUAUAGAUCCUACCUUCAUACAGAGGUCCAAUCCAGGGUGUUGAAACAUCUUGGAAUUAUUAAGGCCAAUGAGAAACGUAAUCAAUUCGGAUAUAAAUUCACAAAUUAUGGCAUUUUGGUGAUUGAGACAAAUCUAUUAUAAUAAAACAUGAAUCUCAGGUACAGAAACCUUAGGCCCAUGUCUCAAUAUAAUAACUUGCCUCGCAAGCGAGAGGAUCUGGGUUCGAUUCCUGGACAGGACGAAACGUUGGGCAAGUUUCUUCAUUCCACAUGCCUUUGUUUGCCUAGCAGUAAGUCGGAACCCGGUUGUUAGUCGAUUGGAGGAUCGCUUUUCCGGUUGAUAAUAAUCCCUUCAAG